AUGGCUCCCUCCCGCUCUACAAGAGAACCAUCGCGAUUUGAUCCGCUAUCUUCACCCUCAGGUUCCUCUAGCAAUGCUCCUAGUACCAGUACCAGUUCUUCCGUCUCGCGUCCCCACGGCAAACAGAAAUCCACUACUAUUCAGCCAGACGAAGUCAUCGUCGUCUCUUCCGACGAAGACAAUGAUGAAGGCUCAGUUAUUGUUAUAUCUGAUGACGAUGAAACGCCUCUCCAACCGCCGAAAAGAUUCAAGAACACCAGACCCACCAGGCCACCGAAGUCGCGCAAGCCAACUCAUGGUUCCUCUCGCACUCAAACACCGCUUCCGAAAGAUGCGGUGCGCACUGGCGCGGCUGGAAAUCAACCAGUCACCAUCGCGAGAAUCCUCUCUGGUGAAUUUGGACAUCCGAAGACUUGGUCAUUCGGCCUUCCCGAACCAAAUUUCGUGGAUAUCGAGAAGCUGAUAGAAGAGGGGUUGAAGGAUCCGAUGUUACUGUUCAACCCGGCUCAGGCACGCCUAAUGCCGGCUGGUAUGCGAGCACUCAAUCCGAAAGUGUUCGGGGCUCAUCCAGACGAGAAUGAUCGUACCGUCCGCUACACUCACGUCGAACGAUACCCAGGCGGGCCUGUCUGGUUCACCGUUCGUUGGUGGGCUGCUGGACUCUUCGGCACCUAUUUCGACUUGGUAGACGUCCCUACUCGAAAGCUCUUCCUUCCCCAUCGCGAUCUCUCCGAUCUAUUCGUCCAGGUCGAAUUUUUGGGAGCCAUGGUUCCCGUGGGGACCGUCGAAGACGCCAUGCGUCUUUCCCGCGGUGUGAAGAAGAUCCCCGGCGCGAAUGAUGAUGAACGGUACCAGGCUCCUGAGGGCGCGAGGGUGCUGUUCUCGAGGAUUCUGCCUAACGGAAAGAGGGAGCCUGUUGCGGAUCGACGUUCGAAUGUCACUGUGGAUGACAUCGAGAGAAACCGGUAUGGAGAUCCCACCACGUGGACAUUCGGCGUACCAGAAGAAAAUCGUAUCGACCUCCAAAACCUCGUCCAAGAAGCCUGGAGAAGUCCCUGGAUACAAGCCGAGCUCUUGAACAUAGCGAAUAUCGGCGCUCGAAAUGCAAGGUGGAACGCGAUACGGGAUGAGUUGCUUGCGAUAGACUCCAAGGUGUAUGGCGCUCAUCCCGUCAAUGACCCGUCUGUCCGGUACAUGCAUAUCGAACUGUACAGCGGAGGCCCGGUGUGGUUUACCAUACGUUGGUGGGAUGGCGACAAUCUCAGGACAUUCUUCGAUCUCGUCGACGUCCGCGACAGGCGGGUCCUUUGUCCACGUCUAGACCUUGCCGACCUCCAGAUUAUCAUGACACACAUGGGAACAACGUGCGAGCUCCACACUAUUGAGGAGGGGACUCGCCGCUCUCGAGGAGUGUCACAAGGAUCUGCCCACAGAGAAGAGCGCUAUGUGGCACCUCCAGGGGCACGCCUUUAUAUAUACAAACGGGAGCCUAACCCGCCUGGAGGCCGUCGCCACAUUGCAAACGCUUAUGUCCCUGCACAGUACGCCCAGGGUGGAUCUGGCCUGUGGCCCCAACUCACAUCGCCGUACUCGAGUCGCCACUGA